CAGCUGGUAGAUCUAACUGGUUGGAGUCUCUUUAUGAAAGUCACUCCUCGAAACAGUCCAUCAGUUUACUGCGGUACCACAGACGUGGUCAAUAAAUACCAAGAUACAGGUUUGAAGUACGAGGAUGGAGACCUAGAUGGCAGUGUUGCUAGCGAGACUGACAUUUUGAAAUUAUUGGGAGUAUGCAAAACUGUUGAGGCCUCGUCUCCAGUUAUGGUAUCAGAUGAAGUUGUCCCCGCCAAUCAAGAUGAAGGAAGUUGUACACAAACUGAUGUUGAAGACAUUGUGACCUCACUUUCACCUGCCGAGGAGAAUGCCCAUGGUGAUGUGGUAGUUUCAAAGAUAGCAGAACUAGAGGGGGAGACAUCGGAAGUGGUUGACAUGGUGGCAUCAGAGACAAUAACGUCAAAGGCAGUUGCUUCAGAGGCUGAAACAUCAGUUAUUGGACCAGAUAUUCAAGAAGGAUCUGGUCACUCUCCCCCCAAAAUAUCUGAUGACAGUGAAGCUAAUAAACCUGAUAAAGAUCUCCAGACUGAAAAACUGUUAGCAGCCUUAGGAGAAAUCCAAGAAUCAUUGCUUAGUGCUAGCAGUACAAUUGAUGCCGACUCUUCAAAGCAAAAAAUAUUAUCAGCUUUAGGAGAACUUAAUGAAUGCUUUUUAUCAGCAGAAGUUUCUCGUGUAGAUUGUCGGAAACCUGACGUGAAGCGUCUUGGUAAGAGGAAGUCCCUUCCGAAGAAAGUAGUACAAAUGCAAGAUGAUGAUGCAUCUGUCUCUGAAGAUGCUGAUGAUGCAGGUUUUACAGAUGAAGAUGCAGAUGCAGAUGAGUGGUUUCCUGAAGCAGAGAAGACAAAAAAAGGUCCAAGGAAAAAGAAAGUAUUUGAGACCUCUGCCUCUAAAGUUGAGGAAAUUAGUCCACCUAAGAAACCAAGAGGAAGACCAGCGAAGGUUGCAGGAGAAAUUAAGGUCAAAAGAGGUAGAGGCAGGCCGAGAAAGUAUCCAGAUUGCUUGGUGGAAGACGUUGAUGGAACGAAACAGAAUGACAAAGAUGAGGCUACAGAAGAGAUUGGAGGAAGGAGUUUGCGACUGAGAAGAGGACGACCUCGAUUAUGCCAAGAUGGGUCUGAUGAUACAGAGGGGAAUGAUGGAGAGAAAGUGAAAGCCAAAAAGAACAAGCUUCGUUAUGGAUGUAGUAUGUGCGGAAAGUCUUUUGCAGGCAUCACAAAUUUAGAGAUUCAUUUUCGAACACACACUGGUGAGAAGCCGUACACAUGUGAUCUUUGUCCAAAGUCAUUCAAUGCACCCAUCAGUUUUAAGAUUCAUCAACAGACUCAUUCGUCAAACAAGCCAUACCAGUGUGAAUUGUGUGGCAAGACCUUUAAACAUGCCAAUUCUUUAACAUCGCAUAAAAUAACUCAUACCAAAGAACGGCCAUAUACAUGUAAAGUAUGUCACAAAGGUUUCACUCAGACGGGAAGUUUGAAAUCUCACAUGCGGCUUCACACUGGGGAGAAACCAUAUCAGUGUGAGCAAUGUGGGAAGUCCUUCGCGCAGGCUAAUGGGUUACGUACUCAUAAAAUGACACAUACAGGAGAAAAGCCCUAUAAAUGUCACCAGUGUGAGAGGGCUUUCAACAGUGCUUUUAAGUUGAAAUCCCACAUAAUGAUACAUACUGGGGAUUUUCCCCAUCAGUGUGAUCUUUGUGCACGCCGCUACACCAUGUUGAGUGAAUUACGUAAACAUGUACGAAAAAACCACCUAAAAGAGAAGCCGUAUCUCUGCGACAUAUGUGGCAAGAGUUUUGGUGAUAAGAACACUUUAGGCCAUCACAAAAAAAUUCACUCAGGUACGAGGGAUUAUCAUUGCACAAGUUGCACCAGAAGUUUCUAUGCAAGCUCUGCUUUGAAGAAACAUAUGCGAACUCAUACUGGUGAGAAACCAUUCUCGUGCACUGUGUGCUUGAAGUCCUUUAGCCGUGCCGAUAACCUCAGAUCGCACAUGAAAAUACACAGCAGCGCUGCCGAUGGAACGUCUACAUCUACAAGGAAACAGUCUGAUGCCACAAAGCUAUUCCACUGCAGUAUUUGCACUCAGGCAUUUACGCGAGCGGCACUCCUGAAAAAACAUGAUGAACAGUAUCACAGUGGAGGUGGAGGUGAAGUAGCAGCCAUGACAGUUACAAUUCCAAGCGAUCAAAUGACAGCUCCGAAUCAGGAAAUCAAUACACAAAGUCAACACAUAAAUCUACAUCCAGAGGAGGUUCGCACUGCUGCUGAAGUAUUGGCUGCAGCACAUCUACAUGUGUUUAACGCACCAAGAUAA